CUCGUUGUGAAAGGUUCGUUCUCUUACCCGAAUAAUCUCUAAAUAUAUAUAAGGAAAGGAAAAAAGUUGCUUUUUAGUGAGAAAAAAAAGCAAAGAAAACCUGCGUUAAAAGCAAAUCUAUUGGAUUAAAUUUGUAGUAAAAUAAUAAAUUAAUUAGUCAAUAAAAAAAUAAACAAGCAAUGAAUGCGAAUAAAAUUAAAAAAAAUAAAAAUGUUGUGAGAUAAGUGACGGAAAAAUUUGAGGAAAGAAUUGAGAAACAGUGAAAAGUUUAAAAAAAAGUAUUAAAAAGUCGUGAAAAAUUAAAAAAAAAUGAAAGCGACAAAGCGAGCCGUGCUUAAAGUGUCACAAAUUAUGUCAAAUGUUUCAUGUAAAUAGGGCAGAAUCGUCAUCAUCACGAUCACCAUCGCCAACAUCAUCACAAACGUCGUCGUUACGAAGACGUCAAGUGACACCGAAACACAACAAAUCAUCAUCACGGGCCGGCAACCGAAGCAGCAGCUGCAGCAAAGAUGUCGACCUCUGACGACGAACUUAUAGACUUGACAUCGGAGCCGCCCGGCGUCGACGAAUGCCUCAAAGUACGCAAAUGGUGGUGCUUCAUACUCUCGAGCAUCUUUACCUUUCUCACGGGACUCACGAUCGUGAUAAUUUUCCGCGUGUGUGCGUUCAUUUGCUGUCGCAAGGAGCCCGAGCUUGGGCCCAAUGAUCCGAAGCAGAAGGAACAGAAGGCACAACGCGGUAAAGCGGAAUUCGAGGGUACUUUUAUGACAGAAGCGAAAGACUGGGCUGGCGAAUUAAUAUCAGGUCAAACAACAACGGGACGAAUUUUGGUCGUCCUCGUCUUUAUACUUAGUAUAGCAUCCUUAAUUAUAUAUUUCAUUGAUGCAUCUAAUGAAGAGGUUGAAAGAUGUCAAAAAUGGAAUCACAAUAUAACACAACAAAUUGAUCUAGCGUUCAAUAUAUUUUUUAUGGUCUACUAUUUUAUACGAUUUAUAGCGGCGUCAGAUAAACUUUGGUUUAUGUUAGAAAUGUACAGUUUUGUAGAUUAUUUUACGAUACCCCCGUCCUUCGUAUCCAUAUACUUAGAUCGUACAUGGAUCGGUCUACGUUUCCUUCGUGCAUUACGUCUUAUGACAGUUCCCGAUAUCUUGCAAUAUCUCAAUAUCCUCAAGACAUCCAGUUCGAUUCGACUGGCGCAACUUGUCUCCAUCUUCAUAUCGGUGUGGUUGACAGCUGCCGGCAUCAUUCACCUGCUGGAAAACUCGGGCGAUCCGCUGGAGUUUAACAAUCCGCAACAAUUAUCGUACUGGACAUGUGUCUACUUCUUAAUCGUAACAAUGUCAACGGUAGGCUAUGGCGAUGUCUAUUGCGAAACAGUCUUGGGUCGCACAUUUCUCGUGUUCUUCUUACUUGUCGGCUUGGCGAUAUUUGCUAGUUGCAUACCAGAGAUAAUAGACUUGAUUGGAACACGACCUAAAUACGGGGGUACACUGAAAAAUGAAAGGGGUCGAAGACAUAUUGUCGUGUGUGGGCAUAUCACGUACGAAUCAGUAUCACAUUUCCUGAAGGACUUCUUGCACGAGGAUCGAGAAGAUGUCGACGUUGAAGUGGUAUUUUUACAUCGAAAGGAGCCUGAUCUGGAAUUAGAAGGUUUAUUGAAACGUCACUAUACAACAGUGGCGUUUUUUCAGGGAACUAUGAUGAACGCUGUUGAUUUGGAACGCGUAAAGGUACACGAAGCUGACGCCUGUUUAGUAUUAGCCAAUAAAUAUUGUCAAGAUCCCGAUGCGGAAGAUGCAGCAAAUAUUAUGCGAGUUAUUUCCAUAAAAAAUUACAGUGACGAUAUUAGAGUAAUUAUUCAAUUAAUGCAAUAUCACAAUAAGGCCUAUUUGUUAAAUAUUCCAUCAUGGGAUUGGAAACAAGGGGACGACGUUAUUUGUUUAGCCGAAUUAAAAUUAGGUUUUAUAGCUCAAAGUUGCCUAGCACCCGGCUUCUCAACUAUGAUGGCCAAUUUAUUCGCUAUGAGAUCUUUCAAAACGUCACCGGAUAUGCAAGUAUGGACAAAUGAUUAUUUACGAGGUACCGGUAUGGAAAUGUAUACGGAAACAUUGAGUCCGUCGUUCAUUGGCAUGCCAUUUGCGCAAGCCACCGAAUUAUGCUUUACAAAAUUAAAACUUCUACUGUUAGCGAUAGAAAUAAAGGGUAUAGAUGAUAAUGACAGCAAAAUAUCAAUCAAUCCACGUGGUGCAAAAAUUCUUGCCAAUACGCAAGGAUUCUUCAUUGCUCAAAGUGCUGACGAAGUAAAAAGAGCUUGGUUCUAUUGUAAGGCCUGUCACGACGACAUCCGUGACGAAACACUGAUCAAAAAGUGCAAAUGCAAAAACUUGGCAGCAUUUAGGAAAGGUGUACGCGCCGUUCAAAUGGUCGGACGUGCAAAUGAUCAUCCGGCACCCACGUUCACUCCCCCAGAACUACCAAAAAGGGUGCACGUGCGUGGACUAUCAAGUGGCGAAAUUACUCGUGAUCGUGAGGAUAUUAAUUUGAUCAAUCGAGCGAAUCGCGUCGCACGCAACAGUACAGCCAUGCCAGCAAACGGUCCAGCCAAUCAACUGCAACAUAAUUCCACAAAGCAAGUUAACAAAGUUAAACCAAAUGUAAAUAGACAACCACCGGAUAGUGUCGUAUCGCCAUCAUCUUACAAUAGGGCUCCAGAUACAGAACAAAGUCCAUAUGCGGGCUAUCAACUAGCUUACGAAGUGAAAAAGCUGAUGCCGACAAGUCGUGGAGGCGGAUCUGGCACGCAGAAUCAGAAUGGCGGAGUGCAGUUGCAAGCGGGCAUCGCUGACGAUCAAUCGAAAGACUUUGACUUUGAAAAGACCGAAAUGAAGUACGAUUCGACGGGGAUGUUCCAUUGGAGUCCCGCGCGCAGUUUGGAAGAUUGUAUUUUGGAUCGAAAUCAAGCGGCAAUGACUGUGCUAAAUGGUCACGUCGUUGUAUGUUUAUUCGCGGAUCCCGAUUCGCCGCUGAUAGGUUUAAGGAAUUUAGUUAUGCCACUGAGAGCGUCCAACUUUCAUUAUCACGAAUUAAAGCACGUAGUUAUCGUUGGCUCCGUAGACUACAUUAGGCGUGAAUGGAAAAUGUUGCAAAAUUUACCGAAAAUUUCAGUACUGAAUGGAUCACCCCUCAGUCGUGCCGAUUUACGUGCUGUAAAUGUAAAUUUAUGUGAUAUGUGUUGUAUUUUGUCCGCCAAAGUUCCUAGCAAUGACGAUCCAACGCUCGCUGACAAGGAAGCGAUUUUGGCUUCGUUGAACAUCAAGGCCAUGACGUUCGACGACACGAUUGGCGUGCUGAGUCAACGUGGCAAUGAGCAGGAAAACUUGACGCCUGUCGGUAGUCCGAUUGUGUUACAGCGACGUGGAUCUGUUUAUGGUGCAAAUGUUCCAAUGAUUACAGAACUCGUGAAUGACAGUAACGUACAGUUUUUGGAUCAAGAUGACGACGACGAUCCAGAUACUGAAUUAUAUUUAACACAACCAUUUGCCUGCGGAACAGCCUUUGCUGUCAGUGUAUUAGAUUCAUUAAUGUCAACGACAUACUUUAAUCAAAACGCCUUAACAUUAAUUCGUUCAUUAAUUACCGGGGGUGCCACACCUGAAUUGGAAUUGAUUUUGGCGGAAGGUGCUGGAUUGCGAGGAGGUUACAGUACACAAGAGAGUUUAAGUAAUCGAGAUCGAUGUCGCGUCGGUCAAAUAUCAUUGUAUGACGGUCCAUUAGCACAAUUCGGCGAAACCGGAAAGUACGGCGAUCUAUUUGUGGCUGCACUCAAAUCAUACGGCAUGUUGUGUAUAGGUUUAUAUCGUUUUCGUGAUACUAGUUCUAGUUGUGAUGCAAGUAGUAAAAGAUAUGUUAUAACUAAUCCACCCGAUGAUUUUUCAUUACUGCCGACAGAUCAGGUAUUUGUGCUAAUGCAAUUCGAUCCUGGCUUAGAGUACAAACCCAAAGUACACGGACCGAGUAACGCACGUAAUCAAAAUCAACAAGCAGCUGGUGUAGGAGGCGGCGGAUCAAAUAAGGACGACAACUCCUGACUGUUGCUGUGUAGCGCCUUAACUGAUGGUCCCUACUCAUACAUUUGAACAAAAGGAAACGUUUUUAUAUACAAUAUAGCGCUACGCAUCAAAGAUUUAUUCGAAAAAAUGUUUUAUUAUAUUUUUAACAUCCAACAGAAUAAAUUACCGCCGCCUGUAUCGUUAUAAACAAACAUAACCUCAAAAAAAAAAAAUAGAAAAAUAGAUCAUAAGUUCAAAAAGAAAAAAACUGUUUGUAAUUGAUGCAUGGUGCUAUAUUGUAUAUAAAGUGAAAAUAUUAUUAAAUCAAAUUUCACGAGACCAAAAUUUUCAAGAAAUCUGAGAUCUGCUGUUUCUGUGGCGCCCUCUAGUGAGAGCGUCCUAGAAAUACACUUGUGAACGCAACAAAAUUAGGGCCUAAAUUUGAUUAAUAAUAUUUUCAUUUGAUUCCUUGCUACUUAUUCAAAUGUGUGUUCAAAAUUUUGCUACC